CUCGACCUACUCUCCCCCGUGCCCGCUGUGACCCCAUCUGGCUUCAGCAGCGUUGCUGGAAUCCCUGGUGGCUGCAACCCAGCGCACCCUGGAAGUUGCCCCAGCGUGACUGUUGUGUCCGGCAGCUCCACCUACAUGUCCCCUGUGCCUGCCGCCACCUCCUCUGGCCACUUCUCGGGCAACCUGACCUCCUCCAGUCUUAACCCUCUGUUCACCGGUGCUGCUUCGAACAACCAGCUUCACUUCGGCGCGCUCCUUACCGGUGUUGUUGCCCUCGCUGCUCGUGCUUUCCUCUAA